GUCGUCCCGUAUUGGGACAUCAAGACACCCCGUGGCAUCAAGGCCUUGUGCUGCGGGCAGUGCCCUGGAGACACAAGGCCUUGGCACGGAAGCUGCUGCAGCAAAGCGACGAGGCCUUGGAGGAUGGCAACUUCCCACAGGUGGAGCAGAACUGCCAGGCCGUGCUGCGCUUGGCCGCGGGCUGGCAGCCUCCCAGGUCGUUGCUGGCUGCGUCCGGCGCCUCCGGCGCUGUCCCUGCGGAUCUCGUGGAGCUCGGCUGUCCGCUGAGCAUCGAGGCGUUGCGGCGGCGGCUGCUGGGGCGGCUGCUGCUGGGAGCGGAGGAUGUGGCGUUGGAAGAUGCGAAACGCUUGAAGGAGACCAGGCGUUGGAGGCCGCUGGCUGAGUUGGCUGAAGCAGUUGCGCUUCUGCAGCUGGGUAGGGCAGAGGAGGUGAAGGACGUGAAGGACGAGAUGCCGGGAGAGCUGGGCCUUGCCUGGCGCCGCGUGGCUUCGGCCAGGGCGCAGCGCAGCCAGCGAGGUCACGCGGAUGUCGCUGGGAUCUACUUCGAGGAACAGCAAAGGUGUCCGGAGACGGAGGAUGACCCUGAGCUGGCCAAAAGCUGCUGGUACCUGGCAACUGUGCUGCCACCAGUGCCAAACUAUGUCCACCCCAAUUUGGAGGUGGUGGUAUUUCCCAACGGCCAAAGGGGAGUACAGGUGACGGAUGAUGUCCCUCGUGGCACGCUGCUGAUGGCCGCCACUGCUCUGGUCUUCCAAGGCCCCACAGCUCUACCGGUCGAGCGCUCGACAGAGACGCGGCUCGGGCUCCGGGGGACGCCGGAGCAGAUGGUGAAGGUUUUCAAAGACCCCACGGCGCCCAUGCAGAAAGCGCUGUCCACGGCGCUCAGUUGCGGUUCCGAAGUCAUGGCGAUGAAACUCAGUCAGUUGAGCGACGGAGAGAAACAACCAGAAGUCACAGGUCGCGUGCUCCAGGAACUCUGUGAGCCUUUCCAAAGUGGAAGGCUUCCCAUGAAAUCCGACUUCACCGCGCAGGAGCUGUUUGGCGUUUUGAAAACCAACGGCUUCAGCUGCGAUGGGAAAGGCUGGGGCCUGUGGCUGACCAUUUCUUUCGUGAACCAUUCCUGUGCGCCCACUGCGCACUAUGUGAUCACCCAGAAGGAGGAGCUGAGGGAAGAUGUGAACAGACGGCUUGGAUUCCUGAUGGGAUUCGAUACAUUAUAUGCAGUUAUGACUCAGUUAUGA